UCCGGUUUCAGUGGAAAAUGUACGAAAAUUCCCUUUUUUGAUCCAGUUGGAAAUGAGAAAAAGAUCAGAAGAUCAGAAGAUCAAAUCUUUUUGUUCGGGAAAAUUACAAAAGCUUUUUUUUUUUUAAUUUCCCAUGGAUUAUAGCCAGUGGCAACAGACGCCGGCGCCGGCGAUGCAGCCGGCGGAAAUGAAUCAGUCCGCAUUUGAUGCGAAUAACGCUUCUUAUUAUGCUUACUACGCGCCAGCUCUUAAUCCAAACCCUGAUUUCACCUCCGAAUCCUCAGCUAUUGCGAUUCCACCACCGCCUGGAGUAGUUGAUGCUUACUCCUCCUCAGCUGCGACUGCGACGGCGUCGUAUGUGACGGUGGAUACGACGCCGUAUCACACAUUGGAUACGAAUGCUCAGAGCUUGGCUUGGCGAGAGGCUGUUCGUAUAUAUGGCACCGAUCCUCUUGCGGUUACAGGAGCUGGGGCCAUAGAGCAGCCUCAUAGCAUAUACCCGGGCUUCUCUUGUCCAAGCCACAUAGUUCAAGCUCAACUUCCUGGAUUUGUCUCGCCGAAGAAACAGUCAAAGAAGGCGAGGUUGUUCGAUCUGCUUACUGUGAAGUUUGUAAGGUUGACUGUAACGGUCCGAGUGUAUUCGAGCAACACAAGUUGGGGAAGAAACACUUGAAGAACUUGGAGAAGUUAAAAACAUGCUUACCCGUACAGUCUAACACAGGCUCUUCUUCUUUGGCCGGACUAACCAUUGCAGUCCCGUUGAUAGGACCACAAGAAAAUCCGUGUAAAAGCAAGGCCAGGAAGAACGUGAAGAAAAGAGCGGAAUCAACAGAAGAUCUAGAAUCAAAGAGACGGAAAGUCAUGGAAUGUGGGGCAACAAAUGAGUCAAUUAGAUUGUGUAGAAUAUGCAACGUUGUUUGUAAUAGCGACAAGGUUUACAACGAUCAUUU